AUGUCGUACUCGGAAAAGUCUCAACCGCCGCCGUAUCAAGUUGGCGGGCCAUCGAAGGGUGCCGGCCAAUACGAACGUGCCGGGCACUUUGAUGGCGGCAGCUACAUCAUCAACCAUCGCGAUGCUAGUUCCACCUUGACCAUUUCUCUUCAUGGAAACAGUCGCUUCACCUCUCGGAUAGAGUCAUUGACUCAUAUGUCUAAAGGCGUUAAGGUGGACUCUGCAGACAAAUAUUCACUCGCGCCAGAGGGGCGCGAUACGUGGACAAAAUAUAUGACUUUCUCUGGUCCCGGCACCGUGACGCUAGGUCCCGAUGUCCUUGGAGAUAUCAUCGCUCUUCCUAUCGACAGUGCGACGGACAGAGAGCAGUGGUCAGUCCGUACAUCAUUGAUUCUAGCCUCCACUGCAGGCGUAAACGGCAAUCUGGUCAAGAAAGAGUUCAGUCUCGGGAUGUUUCAUGAACAAGAAUUUAAUCAUUAUACACUUUCCGGCAAAGGUGUCUUCUGGUUAAGGACCUACGGUGUUGUUGAUCGAGUUGAUCUCGGAGCAGGCGAGGCCCAAAUUGUUGAGACUGGCCACCUAGCGGCCUGGACCAACUGUUCGCUAUCGCCAGUCAAACUCGGCGGGAAGAAGCCAAGUUUUGUCGAAGUCCAGGGUCCCGGAACGAUUUAUGUGCAGGCUCGAAAGGUGGAAGACUGGAUAGAUCUUGCUAAAUGGGCUUCGUCGCAUUAG